CCCUCAUCGGCAAAGCUAGUAGAAGUGACUCAUUUUAGCCUAGCCCGGCCAAGAUCUAGCUGUGUUGUUUGGUUAAAUACUGUGUCAAGCUGUCAAUUAUUUCAACUCUCCUUCUGACUUCAGGAGCAAAUCUUGCACAUAUUUCCAGCAAACUCUGUCAGUAUGAGUAGUGGCCAACAAAGUGAAUCAUGGAGAUUGGGAACACCAGAACUGAUACAGCAGAUGGCCUUGUUGGCCUGGAUGAACAAGGCUGAGGGAGGUGAAGAAUUCUAUCAGUUGAUAACACAAGCAAGAAUCUGGUAUGAGAUGUACCAACGGAUAAGUUGCACCGACGAGAUAGAUGCAGCCAAGGUACAAACCAUAAUGGCUAUUGUUGACUACGUCAAGAAGAACCCACGUGCAUCUCAGGAUGAAAUGGCCAAAGAGAUAGAGAAACAUGUGCAGCUCUUUGUAGAAAAGAUUGAUGCUCUAUAGGAAUUCUGACCAUCGCUGUAAAUAUCAACAAAGUACCACAAGAAGUCCAGCCGUCGAUUUCACAAAACUCUUCCUGACUUAAGGUUAAUCUUAGGACUUUGGACCAGUUGAGUUCUGUAAGCAUAGACAUUAGGAUGCAUUGAUUGAACCCAUCCUAAGUUAGGAAGAGUUACUUGUUCUAACUCGAGAUAGGACUAACCCUAGCGUUUCGUGAAAU